AUGGUUUCCUUUGGUGGGAAAUUAAUCCGGCCACCGGGCACGUUGAUGCUCAUCUUCCUGCUUCUCAGCCACCGACCGGCCAGUGCCGACGGUGGCCUGUUUGACAACUUCAUCUCACAGCUCAUGACGACGGCAGCGACGGCACAAAACUUCCUCGAAGACGCGUACGAUCAGCGGCAGGGUCGGGGUACGGAACCACCCGUGCUCCCACCAUCACCAGAUUCACUUUCGCCCGUACUCAUACCGGUUGGGAGUAUUGAUCUAGCGGCGGGGCAACCAACAACACCGCCAACUACGACCACAUUUUCAGCUGGCACGACGACGACCACAACAACAACCACCACGACACACGGGACCCGCGCACCACUUCCGUUUUGGAAUCCGUUUGUUUGGUUGCGCCCGAAAGAGGCGGCCAUACCGUACAAUCCGGACACCGAUCUCAGCACGCCAGAAAUAGCGGUUCGUCACGGCUACCAGGCGGAAUCACACACGCUCAAAACGGCCGACGGUUAUCUCCUGACAUUGCAUCGGUUGCCUUGCGGUCGCAUCGGAUGUCCGGCGCAAGGUGGCAAAGGUACGGGCCAACCCGUAUUCCUCCAGCACGGUCUACUGUCCAGCUCGGCCGAUUGGCUGUUGAGUGGGCCGGAAAAGGCGCUAGCCUUCAUACUAGCAGAUGCCGGCUAUGACGUAUGGUUGGGAAACGCGCGUGGCAAUACCUACUCCCGCAAGCACGUCAGCUUCAGCAGCGAUGAGACGGCGUUCUGGGACUUUAGCUGGCACGAAAUGGCGAUGUACGAUAUACCGGCCGAGAUUGAUUAUCUGUACAACAUUCGGGCACAAGAGCGCAACGAUACGACGAGGAAUCUGCUCUACGUGGGACAUUCGAUGGGUACGACAAUGAUCUUCGCACUGUUAGCCAGUCGCCCGGAGUACAAUGAACGGCUGGAGGCCGUCUUUGCGCUGGCACCGGUUGCCUUUAUGGGACACGUGAAAAGUCCCAUCCGUCUGCUGGCACCGUUUUCGCACGAUAUCGAGAUGAUUCUAAAAUUCUUCGGCGGCAACGAGUUUAUGCCGCAGAACAAAAUCAUUCGCUAUCUCGCGAAAUACGGCUGCGAACUGACCGAAGCGGAGAAGUACAUCUGCGAGAACACUGUGUUCGUCCUGUGUGGUUUCGACAAGGAGCAGUAUAAUGCCACCCUGAUGCCGGUCAUCUUCGGUCACACACCUGCCGGCACGUCGACAAAAACGGUCGUACACUACGCGCAGGAAAUUCACAACGAGGGCAACUUUCAGCUGUUCGAUUACGGUGAAAGUGAAAACCAUCGACGCUAUGGGCGGGCAACGCCACCGGGCUACAAUCUGGAAAACAUUUCGACACCGAUUGCACUGUUCUACGCGAACAACGAUUGGCUGGCCGGGCCGAUGGAUGUGGCCAAUCUGUUCAACCAGCUGCACCGCACCUCGAUCGGUAUGUUCAAGAUACCGAACGAUAACUUUAACCACGUGGACUUCCUGUGGGGUAACGAUGCGCCGGAGGUGGUCUACAAGCAGCUCCUCAUGCUGAUGCAAAGAUACAAGUAA